AAUAUAUAUUAACUUCAUUUUUCUCAGGUGAUCGGAAUGCAUUUUAUGAACCCUCCGCCUCUGAAGAAAUUGAUAGAGAUUAUACGGGGAGCAGACACUUCUGACGAGACAUUUGCUACUACGAAAGCAUUGUCAGAGAGGUUGGGCAAGGUAGUAAUUACCUCCCAGGAUUAUUCAGGUUUCAUAGUGAAUCGAAUCCUUAUGCCUAUGAUAAAUGAAGCCUUUUUUACUCUCUACACUGGGGUUGGAACCAAAGAGGAUAUUGACAGAGGAAUGAAGCUAGGUACUAGCCAUCCAAUGGGUCCUUUAGAGCUUGCAGACUUCAUUGGAUUGGAUGUGUGCUUGUCAAUAAUGAGAGUUCUUCAUGCUGGUCUUGGAGACAAUAAAUAUGCACCAUGCCCUCUCCUUGUGCAGUACGUUGAUGCUGGAAGACUUGGAAGAAAGCGAGGUCUUCAAAACCUCACUUUUCCCCAUAUGUCUGACUGUUGGGAUGGUGCAGACUGUUCAAAUACUCAGUAUUAUGCAGACAAAACAAAAGAAAGUUUAGAAGAGGUAAGUCUUCUUCAUGGUCUUAUUGUAAUGAUGGUAUGUACGCCGUAUCUCUUAUUUGAAAUUAAUUAUUUCUGCAUACAAGCAGAAAACAAACUUAAUUAUGUGAAUUUAUUGGUCGUUCUAAGCCAAUUUAUGUCGUUACAAUAAGUCAAA